AUGGACUACGUCAAUCAAGCCCAAUCAGCGAAUCUCAACAAAGGCAAACUCGGUAGCGAACCGUCCAUGUUUGAUCACGCGAGAGAUGUGCUCUGCRUGGUAAAUCAUCUUCGCGAAGAGAUGACGCUACCAAUCGUAGGAGUCGGCCAUAGUAUCGGUGGCACAGUCCUGGCAAAUGUAGCUCUCAUGCAUCCAAGACUACUGUGCGMGCUCGUCAUGAUCGAGCCAGCUCUCAACCCGGUGCCGUUCUCGUUGAGUCUCAUCGGCUUGUAUCCCACCACCUUCCGCAAAGACGUUUGGCCGUCGAGAGAAGCUGCCAUACAGGAAUUGCAAAGUGGUCCGUUGAAGAGCUGGGACCCUCGCGUUCAGCAACUAUUUUUCCGUCAUGGGAUCAAAGAUCACGAUCAAGGUUCGCCUCCUGGCUCCGUCACUUUGGCAGUGUCGAAGCAUCAAGAAGCAUUCAACUUCGCCAGAGCAGUUUUCCCUCCUCAGCAGGGAGAUUCCAGUGUUGCAACUGCGGAUUUGCCUCGAUACAGCUAUCCGGAUGUUAAAGGGACUAGAGUACCAGGUGAUCCCUUCUACCGGCCAGAGCCAAUCCUGACAGCUGCACAACUUCCCCGUUUACGACCAGGGGCAUUCUACAUCUACGGCGGUGGGUCGACGCUCGUGCUUCCUUCUGUGUUGGAGAAUCGUCGUAAGCGGAGGGAUGUCACGGGCAUAGAUUGGGAUGGCAGUGGGGGUGUAGUUGGGGGGCGAGUAGAAGAAGCCACGAUAGCUAAUGGGGGGCAUUACGUUCCUCAGGAGAAGCCAGAUGAGGUGGGUAAGUCGAUUGCGGAUUACAUUUCCAAAGAAAUUUCUCGGUGGAAAUUUGAGGAUGAGAAGGAGGCGCGAGCGUGGAGUGAGGUCAGUCAGGCGCAGAAAGAGUCUAUGGAUGAUAGAUGGAUGUACUGGGUUCGAGAAAGCGCUAAGCAAGGGCAGCGGAUGAGGAAGCCUAAGCAGAAGUUGUAG